AUGGCAAUCCCGCAGGACUUCAUCUACCAGCGCUACGAGGAAGAGUCCACCUACACUAUACUCACGAGCGACUUGACCUUCACGGCGGAUUUGAUUGAUCCCAAGAAGAACUGUGUGAUCUAUGCCGAUAUCCUGACUUUGGACUCCGGCAAAGGGAGCCUAGUCUUUCCUGGCCACAAUGUCACUAUCUGCUGUCGGUCCUUGAACCCAAAUGGCACAACCAUCAGCACCCAGCCCCCAGACCCUCAGAACCCGGCGCCGUCGCCCAAGCCGAGAACCAGCGAUGAUCCAGCCGUGAACAAGGGCAACCCGAAUGGGCAGGAUGGAGACCCGAUAGGAGAAGAAGAUUUCGGCCGCCCAGGAGGCAAUAUCACCAUUGUCGCCGGUAGCAUCAAUCAUCCCUUGACCCUGAACAGCACGGGAGGAAAAGGCCGCGAUGGCCAGCAGGGCGGGGAUGCCGGAAAAGGAGCCAAUGGCGGCGACGGCAAGGACGAUGAGCCACAAAGCGCUGGACAUUUCCCGACCCCGAGUGGGAAGGAUCCGGGGAGUCCCGGUGGGAGUGGCGGAGCUGGGGGAAAUGGGGGCAACGGCGGGAGACCCGGAUAUGGAGGCAACGCAGGCACUAUCUCCGUCUUUACUGUCACUGACCCUCCGAACGUCUCUGCAACGGCGAUUGGAGGCAAGGCGGGCGAGCCGGGAAAACCAGGCUCUGGGGCGAGUGGAGGAAAAGGGGGGCAUGGGGGGAGACAGGGUCACUGGAGGACAGAUCAUCAUGGACACGGGGCCACCACCAAGGUGUGGGUGUAUGACGGGCAAUAUUCCGACGGGGCUGACGGAGCGCACGGCCACGAUGGCCAGGUUGUCCCCGGCCAGGAUGGGACAAAGGCUACUGUGACGAUCCAGUCAAUCGACAAUAUCUCGGCGACGGCUGCGGCCGAUAGUAUGCUGUUCGCUCACCUCCAGCUCAUGAUGCAGGUAGUCAAGGUCCACUACCUCGAUCGGGACUUCCAGCGGGCUAAGAAUGUCCUGGCCUGGAUCUACGGGCUCACGGCUGACCGUGAGAAAGCUGACAAUGCUCCGAAGUGGGACGGCUUGCACCGUCAAGCGGGGACAUAUCUAUCGCGACUGGCCCGAGGGCUCGACUUCUUCGGCAAUGCAGCCAACUUCGUUCCUCUCGCAUCCUUUGGUCUGUAUUGUUCGACUGUCACCCCCAUGCUGACGCUCGGAGGAGCGGUGCAAACCGUGUUUGACACGUACACGCAGUACUUGAAAGAUCAAACAACGGGGUACAAUGAUUUCACCAGGGUCUAUAACACAGGGAGUCAGGCCAUCCAAACAUACAAAGAUGCCAUUGCGGCCACCAUCGACCAGCGAAAGAAGCUGUGGGAGGAGUGCCUCCAGUUGGAUUCGCAAGUUGUCGUCGCCCAGAACAAGAUGCUGAACGCCGAGAAGUCAUUCAAGGAGGCGGUCGAGGCUAAAGAGGCAUGUAUGAAGUUCGAGGGAAUUGUAAGCAUGAUUGGCUCACUGGCAGCGUUUCCUGCAGAAGUCAGCGAUGUGGCGAAGAAGGUCAAUGAAGCGACUUUCUCGGGGGCGGGCAUCAAAUUUGCAGGCACGUUACCUUCAAGUUUCUUGAGUCUCUGCAAGACUAUAAAUGUCCUCAAAAGUGAUUUCUCGGAUGCGGCCGCGCAAUGGGACAAGACCCAGGCGACUCUAGAGGCCGAUGGACCGGAUUCCGCCAAGCUGGCCGCCGAUGCUGCCGCAGUUGACGAUGACCUCGCGCCGUAUAUGAGUAUGCCCGCGGCCCAGGCGUACAGAGCAGCUAUACGAACCUACGUGAAUCUUUGCAAUGCGCGGAACACCAAGGUCAUCCAGUGCUCCAAGCUUGAUGAGGACGUGCUGCAGUUGAAUGCCCAGAUCACCCAGACGCAGGCACAGAUGGACGAGCUGCAAAGCGAGGAAAGCGGCAAGCUCGAUCCGACCCUCGCGCCCUACCGGACCUUUCUCCUGGGCCUGUAUAAUAACUACAAAGACAGCGUCAUGGACAAGUUAUUCUACGAAACCAUGGCCUACCGAUACCGCACGUUGAAGGACUUCAAUGAACUCCUUCAGAGCGGGAACACCCUGGCCGAACUGAGUGUAAUGCAAGGCCGGAUUCUCCAGGCAGUAAUCGACUAUGAGAAUGCAGUGAAUGCCAUCGAGCAGCCCUUUGACCGUCUCGUCACUCAUCCCAUGCACAGCGCAACCAACGACUCGGCUGCGGCAUUUCGACAAGGCGGAAAUCUCGUGUUCUGCAUUCCUCUCGACGAGGCUGCCUUCCAGGGGCUGGCACAUAUCCAGCUGACGAGAUUCACUGUCUCCCUCCCCGGGGUGCAGUUCACUUCUGACAACAGGAAAGUUUACGUGAGCUUAAAAUGCCAUGGGGACUCCACCGUGGUGGAUUCCAAUUCCGGCGCGGUCUCGCGAUUCACGCACAACGCCGUCGUCGCGACGUACGAGUAUGAAAUAAUCAUUGACAAGAACGGCAGGGCAGAGGAACGCUACCUCGCGGGGGGCGCGUUGGUCGAUUCUGGGGACGGACAGGAUCAGAAGUCGAUAGCUCUGAGUCCAUUCUGCACUUGGACUAUGAACCUCCCGGCAAAAUUAAAUGCUGGUGUGGAUGUCUCCCAGGUAAACGAUGUGAUACUCUCUUUUGGUGGUAAAGGGCUGCCUAUGCUGUCAAGGUAA